CUAAUCCUUCACUCGAGCUAAGUAAAUGUGCCCCCUACUGUAUAAAGGGAAUGUGAACAAUUUCUGGCCAAUGAUCCUUGAGGAAGGUGUCAACUGUAAAUUAAAAAUCACUAAGGACCCAGCACAGUAAAUGAGUGCAGUUGCAUACACACUCCACCAUUCAGGAAUCGUAAUUAUUUCUUAUGUUUGGCUCUGCAGGCGUUUCAUAGUUUAUUAGACAACAAAGAGAGAACAAGUCCUGCGAGCCUUUAUUCUAGUCUGGCGUCAAGCAGAAAGGGACAGCUCAUCGUUGUAACUAAGGAAACCAGUAAACGACAGAUUCUUACAGGGCAGAGCCAAGUGAUCUGCUUCCAAUACAACAUUGAGUGCAGAGCCGGCACCAGAACAUUAAAUAUAUCCUUCUUUAUUUUUUAUGUUUCUGGAGAUUGGCGGAAUUGAGAAAAAUGCCCAAAGGACAAUUUCAUAAUCCUUCCAGCAAGAAGGAUGGCAUAUGGUUCCCACAUAUUGGCACAAGUAAUACAUUGCCCAUGACCAGCACUCAGGAAAUGUUUUACCGCUCCAAAACUGCCUACAGAGAAGAUCGGACACUGCCUUUCAUUCAACCAACGUCAGUAACGACUAAGACAGAAGUACAAAAAACCUAUCCAUACUCAUUCCAUGACAACAGACAUUUACUACAGAGCUCCGCUGAAUAUUUUGAUUCUGAAUUUGGUCGUAGAAAAAUUUCAAGUACAAAUGAUCAGCACACUUCCCACAACUUCAACUUUUACUGCCACGACCCACCACCAAAAGCCACCAGUGCCUGGAAUGGUUUCACAGUCUAUCAGACGUCCUACUGGGAGCAUCAAGGCCCGAGACAGACUUUCCUGAGAAGAUAUCCCAAAAGCCACUUGGAACACUGCAGGGCACCAGAUUAUUACGAUGCUCCCCGUUAAAGCAGCCAAUUCCAGGCAGUGCCUGCGCUUGGGAAAAAUGAAAGCAUAAUUCCAAUGGAUUGAAGGAUUAGUGAUUAUGAAUACAGUUUGAGCAGGAACAAAAAAACAAUGUCUUUAGCACAUUAUGUAUGCAAAAAAAUUUAACUGUAUUCUGAAACACAACAAGCAAGUUUAUUGGGACUUAACAAACAUGAAUUUAUAAAAAAUAGGGAUGCACCGAAUCCACUAUUAUAGGAUUCAGCCGAACCCUAAAUCCUUUGUGAAAGAUUCAGCGGAAUACUGAACCGAAGCCAAACCCUAAUUUGCAUUAGUGAAAUAGAAAACUGAGGGGGGGAAGAAAACGUGUGGGCAGCUCAAAAAAUUUUGACUUCCUCGUUUGUGUGCUGAAAAAUCACAUGAUUUUUUGGGUUUUGGAUUCGGUCUGGCCAGG